GCCGGCCGCCGCCGCUCGCCCGCCUUCUGGGGGCGAGCGCGGCAGACCCCGGCCGCGGGCGGAGCGAGCCGGUCGGCGUCCGGCCGUGCCUCCGCGCUUCGGCUGUCCGUAGUCGCCACAGCUCCGGGCGUUUGGCGGCGGGGUUAGCUAGCGUUGAGUCUUGGCCAGGAAGAGACGGAUGGCCAAUUUCAGUGGUCUAGACUCUUCAAGCCCGCUCUACGGAAACUCCAUCCGAUCGACUGCUCGCCUACGAGAUAGACGGCGCCGAGUUUUUAAUUUUAACGAGUUUAAAAAUCCGGUUAAGCCAGGAAAGCCGACGCGGGAUCUCGCCGACCCCAACCCUGGUGCGCGGGGCCGAGAACGCCGCUCAAACUCUGCGAGGUUUGAGCCUCGCUGCGCUCCGUUUUCCGACGCCAGUGCGGACGCGUUCCCGCGCUUUCGGGCGUGAGGGGUCAGAGGGCGCGCAGCGGCGCAGGCGCAGGAGCGGAGGCUGCGGCGGCGGCCAUGGGCGAGGCAGGCGGCGCUGAGGAGGCCCGCCGGCACGUGGGGACUAAGGAGGAAUUCGUUAAAGUGAGAAAGAAGGACCUGGAACGGCUGACAACUGAAGUAAUGCAGAUCCGGGACUUCUUGCCCCGAAUACUAAAUGGGGAGGUGCUGGAAAGCUUCCAGAAAUUAAAGAUUGUAGAAAAAAACCUGGAAAGGAAAGAGCAAGAAUUAGAGCAACUGAGAAUGGAUUGUGAGCACUUCAAAGCCCGCCUGGAGACCGUGCAGGCUGACAGCAGGAGAGAGAAGAAGGAGAAACUCGCUCUUCGACAGCAGCUGAAUGAAGCAAAGCAGCAACUCCUGCAGCAGGCAGAAUACUGUACGGAAAUGGGAGCAGCGGCCUGCACCCUUUUGUGGGGCGUCUCCAGCAGUGAGGACGUCGUCAAAGCCAUUCUGGGAGGAGAUAAAGCUUUGAAGUUUUUCAACAUCACUGGUCAAACAAUGGAGAGUUUUGUGAAGUCACUGGAUGGGGAUGUCAAGGAGCUUGAUUCCAAUGAAAAUCAGUUUGUGUUUGCUUUGGCUGGGAUCGUAACAAAUGUUGCUGCCAUAGCGUGUGGUCGCGAGUUCUUGGUUAACUCAAGUCGGGUGCUGCUGGACACCAUACUGCAGCUUCUGGGGGACCUGAAGCCAGGACAGUGUACCAAACUCAAAGUGUUACUGCUGAUGUCCCUGUACAACGUGAGCAUCAACCUGAAAGGCUUGAAGUACAUCAGCGAGAGCCCGGGAUUCAUCCCGCUGCUGUGGUGGCUUUUGAGUGACCCAGACGCAGAGGUGUGUCUUCAUGCACUGCGACUCGUCCAGUCUGUGGUCCUGGAGCCAGAAAUCUUCUCCAAGUCGGCCUCCGAGUUCCAGAGCUCCCUGCCCCUGAAGCGCAUCCUGGCCAUGGCCAAGAGCCGCAACCCUCACCUGCAGACCGUGGCCCAGGAACUCCUGGAGGACCUCCGCGCCCUGGAGCAUGAUGCGUAGGGGCACUUGGUGUGUCCUUUCCCCUCCCCCAGGCCCCCACUUUGUGUUCCAAAACCAUCACCGUGCACCAUCUGUUAUAGAUGGUAGAAUGUGAGUGCCUCGAGAGGAACGUGAAUGCAUAUGUAUCCACACAACUUUCCCCUGGAAGCGAAAGUACCUGUGGGUGGCUGGUUAGCCUGGCCAAGGGGCAGCCUGAGGAAGACUCCAUCCUUCUGGAAAGGCCCAUGUCCUAUACCUGGAAGAGGGCCGCCUUCGAGCGGCUUCUGCUGCUCGGGAGACUUUCGAGACCUGUGGGUUCCUCUGCACAAAGGGGAUGAAAUAACCACCUGCCCCAUUGGUCAGCAUUUUCCUGAGAUACAUGUUUUGAAAAACAAUUCAUUCUCUCUCUAGUAAUUAUAAUUAAUACCCUAAAAUGCAAGUUUACCUUUAAACCUUUUGGUGAACCUGCUAUUUCAGGUGACAUUGGACAUUUUAGUUCUGGUUUUUUUUGUGCCUGUUUUAUUUUUGAAUAAAGAAAGCCAGAAGAGUCAUUGAUGUGCACAACUACUCUUUUCUGAAAUGUUAUAAACUCGGUAUUAGGAAGUCGUAUAUUAUAAUGCAGUUACUUGGUCGGUAGAAAAAACUCUCUUUACGUUGUUCUGGGCACUUGACUAUACACUCAGAAGUCCCGCUUUUCUUAUAAGAAAUACCAUGAAAAGGGCCUCCUAGACGAGAGCCCAUGCCGUUGGGUGAAGUUCUUCAAAUGACGUCUGCCAGUGUGUCCCAGGGUCCCCACAGCACGUAGAUCCUUCUCAGCUGUGCCCGGGCCGCUGACAGAGCGCACGGGAGGACACACUUCAUUUCUCACAGACACCGUGCGCGUGAGAGUGGAAGUUCCAUCCAGGUCACCCCGUAAAGUCGCAUCAGGGAGCGUGUUUGCUCCUUUCUUGCGCUGCUUCCCUCGUAGUGACGCUGCGGGGGCUCAGGCUCUGGGCACCUCUCGGGUGAAGGGAGGUGCUGACGGUCCCUGAUGGUGGCGGCCUCAUGUAUGUUUAUAACCCGUGUCUGCUGUGGGGCAUGUUAGAAGAACUUCAUUUUUCUCUGAAGUCGAUUUUAUAGGCAACGUGAGGUUUAUGGCUGAAGCUGAAGCCACGGGCAUGGAGGAAGGUGCGGGGCUGAAUCUCAGGAGCCGACAGAUUGUGGAACACUACCAGCUCAUCAGAGCCAGGGAGCUGUUGUUAGAAGAGGCAAUUUGCAAUUCAUGGGUGCAGAAGUCAGUCCAUCUGUGGGCUGUGGUUCUGUAGGUCUGACUAUUGGUGAAUAAAAUUGAGGAUG